UUGGAGAGGACUGGUUUCACUCACUCACACACUAUAGACUCCAAGAGCUUGGAGACGUCGCUCAGUAGGCUAAGAUAAGAAUCACCCGAGUCUGAUUCCCUCAAACACCACAUAACCAGGGAAUAAGGAUGCGCGGCCACGUUCCUGACAUUUGGAGUUGAAUUGAAGAGGAAAUAACGAAUAGAUUCGUUCUGCAGUGAUUUCACCAUGCGGACAAAGUCCUCACAAGAAUUCUUUAUGCGGGAUGUUGGACAUUCAAGUCCCAAACCUGAUAACAUGAAGGACUGUUCUCCCCGUGAGAAUUGUCUUUAAGAUGUGCCCAAACUGCAGGGUCUGGAAGUGUUUUUAAGUUCCGCGGGGAUAUCGCUUGAAGAAUUCUAUCUGAGGACCUUUGAGUUCGUAUUGUUUUUUUGUUUUUUUUUGUUUUUUUUUAUCUCACUCUCGAAAUAUAUUUAGAGUCGCUAAAUUUGCGGUGGAGACGAACUCUCGCACCUGCUAUUUAGUGCGUUAUUUCUCGUAUCGGAAAAGUUGUCCCGAAGCCACCGCCAUGGAUCUCUGGAUCGCCGUUAUUCUGCUGCUGGUUCUGUCCCUUGUCAGCAUCACCUCAGGCUCGCGGCCGCGCUUCGAGGACUCAGCGCCGCGGAUCGUGGAGGACCCGUCGGAUCUGAUUGUGUCAAAGGGCGAGCCGGCGACGCUGAACUGCAAGGCAGAGGGCCGUCCGGUGCCCAGCGUUGAGUGGUACAAGGACGGGGAGCGUGUGCAGACGGACCGCGAUGACCCGCGCUCCCACCGCAUGCUGCUGCCCAGCGGCGCGCUGUUCUUCCUGCGCAUCGUCCACGGCCGCCGCAGCAAGCCUGACGAGGGCGUUUACACCUGCGUCGCUCGCAACUACCUGGGAGAGGCCGUCAGCCGAAACGCCUCACUGGAGGUGGCCAUUCUGCGUGAUGAUUUCCGGCAGGCCCCCAGUGAUGUGGUGGUGGCGGCGGGGGAGCCGGCCGUCAUGGAGUGUGUUCCCCCGCGAGGACACCCGGAGCCCACCAUCACCUGGAAGAGGAACAACGUGCGCCUCAGCAACAAGGACGGGCGCAUCUCUAUGCGUGGUGGCAAACUGAUGAUCUCACACACCAGGAAGAGUGAUGCUGGAAUGUACGUGUGUGUGGGUUCCAACAUGGUGGGAGAGAGGGACAGCGACCCCGCAGAGCUGGUGGUGUUUGAGCGCCCGGUGUUCAUGAGGCGACCUGUGAAUCAGAUCGUUUUGGCGGACGACAACGUGGACUUCCUGUGUGAGGUUCAUGGAGAUCCCGCCCCCACCAUACGCUGGAGACGAGAAGAGGGAGAGCUGCCUCGCGGCAGGUUUGAGAUCCGCAGUGACAGCACCCUGUGUCUGCUGCGUGUGCGUGAGGAGGACGAGGGCACCUACACGUGCGUGACCGAGAACAGCGUCGGCAAGACGGAGGCGUCCGCCAUGCUGCAAGUCCAUGUUCCACCCCAGAUUGACAUAGAGCCUCGGGACCAGGUGUCCACUCAGGGACGGACGGUCACGUUCCGUUGCGGAACCACAGGGAACCCUCAGCCCGCCGUGUUCUGGCAGAAGGAAGGGAGCCAGAUCCUGUUAUUUCCUGGCCAGCCCCCAUCCCAGUCUGGUCGCUAUUCUGUGUCCAUGAGCGGCGAGCUGAGCAUCUCUGACGUCCACCCAGAUGACGCCGGAUACUACAUCUGCCAGGCCAUCAGCGUCGCUGGCAGUACCCUCACCAAGGCCCGUCUGGAGGUGGAGAGUGACCCAUCGGCUCACUUCCCCCCCAUCAUUCGCCAGGGUCCAGCCAAUCAGACGCUGGCGCUGGGCUCCACUGCCCAGCUGCAGUGCCAUGUGAUUGGUCAGCCAUUACCCAGCGUGCACUGGGAGAGGGAGGGGCAGCCCGUCCAGCUGGAGGGUCAUGACCCCCGCGUUAGCCUGAUGGAGAAUGGCACGCUGCAGAUCACUGACUUGAAGGAGACGGACUCCGGGACGUACACCUGCAUCGCCUCCAGUCCCUCGGGGGAGUCCAACUGGAGCGGAGCGCUGGCUGUGAGAGUGAGUGGGGUGCCCCCCCCUCACCGUCAGUCAGAGUCCAUCCAGCUCCCAGGCCCCCCCCAGAAGCCUGUGGUGACUGACGUGACUGGCAACAGCGUCACACUCACCUGGCAGCCCAACCCCCACGAGGGCGGAGCCGCUGUAACCUCAUACAUCAUCGAGGCCUUCAGCCAAUCGGAGGGCAGCACGUGGCAGACGGUGGCGGACCUUGUGGAGCAGGAGAAGCACACAGUGGGUGGGCUCUAUCCCAACACCGUCUACCUGUUCAUCGUACGCGCCCUCAACUCCUAUGGCCUCAGUGACCCCAGCCCCAUCUCUGAGCCCGUACGCACACUGGAUGGUGACCCCACAGAUGAGAGUGUUGGGGUGCAGCGCAUCCAGACUGAUUUCAGAGACGCUACGGUCUUCCUGAACCCUCCCGCGGCCCUUAGCCCCACCAGUGUCCAGAUCUCCUGGGCUCUGGAGGGCCAUGCUGACGCGGUGCAGGGCUACCGCCUGCUGUAUCGUCCACGAGGCAGUGCCUGGCUGGUGCAGGACCUUAAGGCGGACUCACAGCAGGCAUACACACACACACUCUCCGAGCUCCGCGGCGCCACCGAGUACGAAAUCAAACUCAGACCUUUCUUCAGCCACGGGCAGGGUGCCGACAGCCAACUGGUCACCGUACGCACACCUGACGAAGUGUCGAGCAGCCCUCCUCAGAAUGUGCGCGUGAUGCCGCUGGUCAACAGCUCUAUGGUGCGGGUGACCUGGGCUCCCCCCGCCAACCCGCAGAAUGGUAUCAUCCAGGAGUACCGGAUUUGGUGUGUGGGGAAUGACACACACACACAGGUGAACAGGAGUGUAGAUGGCUCUCUCCACUCUGCUCUGCUCGACGGGCUGCUUCCUGAAGUGCUCUACCAAGUGGAGGUUGCCGCGGUAACCAGUGGGGGUGUGGGUCCUCGCAGUCGACCUGUCAUGGUCUUUUAUAAGCCCUCAAUCCCAGCGCUGAAUGAUGACAUCAUCAGCUUGUCAGAGCAGAUCACGGGUGUGGUGCGUCAGCCGGCGUUCAUUGCAGGCAUCGGCGGCGCGUCGUGGAUCGUCCUCAUGAGCUUCAGCGCCUGGGUCUACUGCCGACACCGCCGCCGCAAGCAGCUCGGACACUACACCACCUCAUUCGCCUACACGCCUGCAGUGGGCUUUGCUAACAGUGAGGGGCUCAUCAAUGGGAGGCCAGGGAUGGGCUCAGAUCUCGGGAACUACCCCUGGUUGGCGGACUCCUGGCCCAACACCAACUACCCUCACAACGGCAAGGACUCGGUCAACUGCUGUGCAGGCAAACAGGAUUCAGCUGACCGAUACUACAACACAGUGGGCAUCUCUAAGUACCUGAGCCACGGCGAGCGGUUCAGCCCCUCGUCCAACGACGGCCCAAUCUACAGCACCAUCAACCCGCACGAGCAGGAGCAGGAGGAGGAAGAGGAGGAGCUGCCGGACUACACGUCCCAGUAUUCACAGCGCACCAACCCCUACGCUAGCUCCGCCCUGCUCUCUAAGGCCGACCUCUACAGCCUGGAGCGAGAGCUGGACGCCUGGACCCUGCAGUCUGAACACAGCACCGCGGAGUAUGCCAAGCUGCACUACCACAACACAGGCAAUGCUAAGCUGAUGACGUCCUCAUGCCAGUCGGGUGGCUCGCUGGACUGGGCAGAUGUGCUGGCACUGACGUCUCAACGGCAGCCAAGGGAACACACACACACCGAGGACAGCAGAGACCAACAGCACAGCUCUGAGGAGGAUGAGGAAGACUGGGCCCCUCCUCUUCCGGAGCGGACCUACCUGAUGGACACUCUGAACCGUGACACCCCCACCCUGCCGCUGAGGGGGUGCCACACCCCCUCCUACUGCACCUCAUACAGCCUACAGUCCACCGCCUGCCUCACCCCCUCCCCCCACGACGAGCCUCGCGAUAGCCACGCCUCCCGUCUGCACCACCUCGACCUCCUGAUGAGGAGUCCAGCCUGUGCUCCAGGCUCUCCCUCCCACCAAACCUGUGAGACUCUGCUGACCAAUCACGAGUCAGGUGACAUCACUCAGCCACACCCCUCUGGCCACUGGCGUGACAUCAUGCAGAUAGAGGGAAUCUCCCCAGAGGAUUCUGGGAAAGGUCAGUUCUCUGCAUUCUCCCCUGAUGUCACCUCACAGUCGCCAAAGCCGCGAGGCAAGAAGAAGCCCUGUAGGGAUGGCCACGCCCGACACCAGCACAGCAACGCUGCAGACCUGCCCCCUCCCCCUGAGCCGCCCCCCAUGCAUGAGCCCUUGCAGCUCCUAGUGGACGUGAUGGAGGGGGGCCGAUCAGAGCGGGGCAGGAUGGAGGGGGCCAGAUCAGAGCGGGGCAAGAGGAGGCAGGAGAGGGGCAACAGCUUGGCAGGAUCCACCGAGAGACGCAGGGAGAGACCAGCACGCUGGAACCCAGAGGAUGAGGAUCUGCUGCUGCAUUGUAAGCUGACCGGAUUGGCCAGAGAUGUGGCAGGGGGUCAGGGGGGGUCCUCUCUGACUGGGAGGUCCUCUCUGUCGGGCAGCCUCUCCUCUCUCAGCUCCCCCCCCAACACACACACACCCAGAAGCCACCGGAGAGAGCAGCACAUCUGAGGGGAGCCAGAGGUCACCUGCUGAUAAAGUCAUCCCAAAAAAGUUGCUUCCACCACCACCAACCCUGUGCCGCUUGGGCUGGUUUCCAUGGAGAUGAAGAAAAAACGACGUCUCUUUGAGCUUACCCUCAGCUUCGCCAACAUCAGCUCUGCCAAUGUCAGCUUCCCUUCUAUAUUUGUAUGAUGAUUUCAUAUUUAUGUUUGUGUGUGUGUGUGUGUGAGAGAGAGAGAGAGAGAGUGUGUGUGUGUGUGUGUGUGUGUGUGUGUGUGUGUGUAAGCCAUUUUCUCCAGCUCCACAUGUACAUAGUAAAAUGCAGACUCUCUUUAUACCGCUUCUGUCUAAAGGGAGAACUCUUUUGGUCUCUCUCUCUCUCUCGAAUGCACUCUGUCUCUCGCUCUCUCUCUCUCUUUCGCUCUCUCUCUCUCUCUCUUUCGCUCUCUCUCCCUCUCUCUUUCUCUCCCUCUCUCCUACGCCGUGCUGUCAUCUGUAAAUGUGCCCGCCUUCUAACCCCAGACAUCAUCCAGCACAGUAAUUAACACUAUUCCACAUGCCCUGAAAGCUAUAUCCUAGGGAGUGUGUGUGUGUGUGUGUGUGUGUGUGUGUGUGUGUGUGUCAUUCAUAAGGCCGUGUGUAUUUCUGACCAGCGAGAGGUUGUUCUGCCUGUUUGAUUGCCCAGCUCCACCCUCUCACCUUAGCCUGUGGAAGAAAUCAACAACCUUGUAAUUUCAAUUGUGUGUUUGCUGUGUAGAAACUGUUUCGUUUGAAUAAAUUAUAUUUUGUGUCGCGUUUGAUUAUUUGUAAAA